GUUAAGCUAAUCGCUGAGCGUGGGUCACAGGCGGCACCUCCGCAGAACUGACGGCUCCCAGUUCCAGUAAUUCGUGGAAUCCGGAUCAUGGCAUGGUGGUGGGCCCUGAAUGUGCUAUGGACUGUUGGAAUCCUGGGUCGGAGUAUGUCAAGACCCGGGUCGGAAGAAACGAAACACAAUGCUGGUGCUCUGGGACAGAUCGUCAGCUGGGAAGCCAGUGACCAAGAGCGAAGGCAGGACAAUUUUACGUGCCCCUCCGGACAACGAUGUGACAUUAUGACUAUCACCAGCAAUUGCACGUUGUAUCGAUGCAAGGGCAGCUUUGAGGAUGCAAACACAACAGUGGCCCCGGGCUGCGCACUGACCAUUCACACCCGGGUGAAUAUGUGUUCCGAAGGACAGUGUCAUGAGGGUGGUAUUGAAUGGACUAUUAUUACCGCCAACGACGAAAUGAGGAUUACCAAUGGGACGCCAAUCACUGGCAGAGGCCCAAUGGACUGGUUAAUCAGGGGAGAGUCUGGCAUCCCAAAACAUCAACCACCUUCGAUGACGUCGUCAUUUGAUGUUAAACUAUGUGUCGGUGAUAGCACUAACUGUAGUGUAUGUGAUGUUGUAACAACUGUGCCUAAAGUACACCACACGCAUUUGGCCCCCAUAGCAUCGACUUGUCAGACAAUGGCCAGCACCGCCGCACAAACCAAUGUACAUUGGCAAGUCCGACUGCCAGUCAUACCCGAAUGUAACCCUAAACGGCGACGACGGGCAUGGUACGAUACCUUGUUAGGAGGGGCAGGGACAGUAAUGGGGAUAUCCAAUGCUAUAGACUCUGAAGUGACCCGUACUAAAUUAUCCAGUACGGGGCAAGCAACUGCACAAGGCCUGUACACUAUUGGCCGAUGGAUGCCGUCGGCCAUGAUGACGCAGGAAGAGACUGCACGAAUUUUGCUGCAUUCCUUAAAAUGGGAAUUGGACGUGUGGGAUUCGACUCAACGGCUGUUCAAAAAUUUUACUGUACAGAUGAACUGGACAAUUUGCGGUAUCCAAAUGCUGCAUGCACAUUUGCAAAAAGAACGAUUUUUACGAAUAGUCACUUCGCCUAAUGUUCAGGCCUGGCGAGGGGUGUGGAACGUAUCUGAGAAAUUAUGGAUGAACACCUAUCCGGACAAAACAUGGUGUAAUGCAACGCUGUGUAAAGGACAUUUUGUAACCUUGAAUGUAACUGAUUUUGUGACGGUGUGCCGAUAUUACGUAUUGCCGGUCAUUACAUCUGAUGGAUAUUACUUUCUCAAAACAAAAGGGAAUUGGUUCAGUCCGGACACCAAUCUUACCUAUGACUUGUCCGCGUGUGAGCAGGCGGAUCAAGGAAAGGCCUGUCUGUUGAUGGAUCGAUAUCGAGACCCGUGCCUUACAGAAGACACGGCUUUGUGUGAAUGGAUGAUUGAGGCACCCCGAGAUAUGAUGUGGCAGAUUGGUCCCCAUACGCUCUGUGUGGCCACUAGUCAUGCCCAUGCCUUACUCCCGACGACCCCUUUUUCAGGUUGCCUUAACGCAACACCUCACCACUAUGCAGUGGCAGGUAUGGCUGCACCCUUGGAGUAUCUCGCUAGAGCGUUUUAAACAGGCCCUCGAUCGCUCGGAAGAGCUAAAGCAGAUAUUGCGACAACAUCAAAUCAAUGUUACCCGGGUGACUGUGUCCACCUUUAUACAUGGCCAAAAGGUAGUACACGCUGCUCAUGUAGUAGAGGUGGAAUCCGCCCAUCACUGGUGGGAUCUGUUCAAUGGGCUGUCAACUACGGCACGACGUUCCCUAUUUCCUCCGUUGUUCAUUUUAAUCGGAGUUUUAGUGAUUCUGACCUGUUGUAAUAUACUGACCUGUACGUAUGUUUGCCGUGUGCGGCAGCAACUGGAACAAAACAUGUACAUGUUAUAACAAUGUAUUGCUUAUUAUUAUGUAUUUGUAUAAUCGUUACAUGUAUUGGGCCAAUCAGUGGAAUGUAAUAUAAGGGGUUAACAUGGUGUCCCAAUACAUGCAAGAUUGGAUCCAGGCACCAGUUGACCUCGAACACAAGACGUUGCU